UCGAGCAAAGUACCUCACUCAACAUGAAUAAUCUCUUUGUAAUUUGUUCGGUAGUAGCUGCAGCGGCAGCUUUACCACAAUAUGGCGGAGGGUCUGCUGGAGGCCUUCUAGGACAUUCCCAGCCCUUGGAACACCAGAUUAUUGGUUUAAGCAGGGGAAUAGAGAUCGAGCAUGGCGGUGGUGAGGAAGGAGGACAUCAAGGUGGAGGCGGUGGAGGUGGUGGAGGCGGCGGAGGCGGAAGCGAAGGAGGUCAUGGGGAGUCGAUUGGAUUCACCGGUUCCCAUUUUAACACCCCUGUAGAUAUACACCACGAGAAAGAAAUUAAAUUGAAGGCUCAUCCAGAAUACUACUACGAUUAUCACGUGGCCGACCACAAACACAAGGACUACAAGAGCAAACACGAGACUCGCGAUGGAUACAAAGUAAAGGGUACGUACAGUCUCUUAGAACCUGACCACAAAACCAUUCGUGUUGUGGAUUAUGUGUCCGACAAGAAACUUGGAUUUGUCGCCAAAGUAUCUUACAAAAAGCAUCAGUAAUAACGAAGCUGAAGGCUCUUGUGUUAGUUUUAAUGUAAAUAUGUUUUUGUAUGAUAUUCUAUUUGUAAUUUUAUAAUUGUU